AUGGAGGCUGCCUGGCUGCAGCCGCCGGCGAUGGCGGAGGUGCAGGCGGCCGGGCCCGGGGCGGGCUCGGUGGUGAGCGCCGAGCUGGAGGUGAAGAAGCUGCAGGAGCUGGUGCGGAAGCUGGAGAAGCAGAACGAGCAGCUGCGGAGCCGCGCGGCGGCCGCCACCCCCCCGGCCCCGGCCAGCCCGCACCUGCUGUUGCUCCCGCCGCCAGUCCCCGCCAUAGGCUCCCCCGCAGCGGCCGGGCUGGCCUCGAGCGGCAGCCCCGGGGCCCUGUGCAUGCCGAGCCCGGCGCCCACUCUCCUGUGUACCGCUAGCCUGGGCCCGCCGGAGCCCUUCGUCUAUUUCAAGCCCGCCCUGGCUGGCCUGGCCGCGGCAGGAGGAGGCGGGCAGGAGGCCGGGAGCAUCCCCGCGGCGAGGGAAGCCACGGUGCUGGACGAGGUGGAGGUGCUGGACCUGGAGGACGGUGACUGCAGCCAGGACGAGGACACAUGGUUGUAUGUCUCGCCUACUAAGACCCUCACACCACAAGACAAAUCAUUGAGUCCUCUGCAAUGGUGUAGACAUAUUCUGGAUCAUCCAACUCCUGAGAUAGAAGCUGCAAAACGUUCCCUAUGCUUUAGACUGGAACAAGCUAGCCGAUGGCGGAGCCUCUUCUCUACACCUGUUUCCUUGGCCUUUCCCUAUAGUCCUGUUGCAAGACUCACCCCAUAUAGCAAUGGCUUUAAUACUCCCAGCUUCUCUAAAACCUCCAAUAAAGCAAUACUAACACCUGAAAGACCAGGCUACAUUUCCAGAAGUUCUCCUCUCAGCCCCCAGUCAUCAAUAGACAGUGAACUGAGCACCUCCGAACUGGAGGAUGAUUCCAUCUCCAUGGGAUAUAAACUACAGGACCUCACUGAUGUUCAGAUCAUGGCUCGACUGCAGGAAGAGAGUCUUAGACAAGAUUAUGCUUCUACUUCAGCAUCUGUAUCAAGACACAGCUCAAGUAUCUCGCUACAUUCAGGAAAGAAAGGGACGUGCAGUGAUCAGGAAUAUGAUCGCUAUAGUCUUGAGGAUGAAGAAGAGUUUGAUCACCUGCCACCUCCACAGCCCCGACUUACUCGCUGUUCACCAUUCCAAAGAGGAAUUCCACACUCUCAAACUUUUUCCAGUAUUCGGGAGUGCAGGAGAAGCCCCACUUCGCAGUAUUUCCCUCCAAAUAAUUAUCAGCAUCAGUAUUAUUCUCCUCAAGCCCAAACGCCAGAGCAGCAGCCAAAUAGGAUUAGUGGAGAUAAACUCAGAAGAAGCAUGCCUAACCUAGCUCGGAUGCCAAGUACUCCUACCAUUAAUAACAAUGCUAGCUCGCCAGUCUGUGUGAGGAACAGUCAAAGCUUUGAUUCCAGUUUACAUGGAGCCGGUAAUGGGAUUUCAAGAAUACAGUCUUGUAUUCCAUCUCCAGGACAACUUCAGCACAGAGUUCAUAGUGUGGGACAUUUUCCUGUGUCUGUCAGACAGCCUCUCAAAGCCACAGCGUAUGUAAGCCCAACUGUACAAGGCAGCAGUAGUAUUCCCUUAUCCAGCACCUUACAAUUAUAUUCUAACAGUGGAAUCCCCAUGCCAAACAAGACUGCAAAUCCUGGGACUGUAGGACGCAGUGCUCUUCCAAGACCAUCAUUGGCCCUAAGUGGGAGUAGUAUACCCAGGAGUAAAAUUGCACAGCCAGUUCGAAGUUUUCUUCAGCCUCCAAAGCCUCUUUCUUCUCUUAGUACUCUACGAGAUGGAAAUUGGAGAGACGGCUGCUAUUGA